ACUUCAAAGUUUAUUUAUAACAAUAAUGAAAUUGAUAAUAUGCAAAUUGACAAAGUUGAUUAUCUUGGGCUUGAAUUUGAUUGGAUCAAGUCAGAUAAUUGUCAGUAUAUAACCGAACAUUUUUCACCAUGGCUAAA